AUGGCACCGUCAAGAGCUCCCUUCGUCUGUGCGUCAUGCGCGCGAUCACUCAGAGCACAACGACUAGGCCCGCCCACUGCCAAUCGAGCCUUCUCCGCCACCACCAUCCAGCACGAAAAGCUCUCAUCGGACCAGCCGAGAUGGAAACAAACUCCGCCUGCGAUGCGAAUGGCCUUUCGAUUACGGCCUGUACCCAAGCAGCCUGUAUGGAAAGUAAAUGAUGACCCUGAGCUAUUAGACGAGAUGUACGACGCCUUUGUGGGACGGGUCGGAGACGCAGCGAAAGGGCAGGAGGGACUGCAAAGCACAUCAGGGAGAGAUCUUCUACCGGAAGAGAUCAAAUGGCUGGCUGUAACACACAAGUCCUUCGAACACGGCGCGCAGGGUUACAACGAUCGCCUCGCUUUCCUCGGCAAGCGUAUAAUCGACCUUCAGACCUCACUCGCGCUCCUCAACAGCCCAGCAUCGCCUGCCACCGCAACUCCGGCCGACGAUCGCAAUAUAUUCCGCCACGCCGCAUUGGAGAAUGUAGACAACAUGACGGCCUACGGAAGAGCACAGGUACUUGCGCCAAGUCGGUUGGCGAAGGUCGCGCAGGGCUAUGGACUGGACAGAGUGGUCAGAUGGAAGCCGAGGAAGAGUGACAACCUGCAGGCCUCGGGUAUCGAUGUGGUGCUGGCGCAUGCGGUGUACAGUAUUAUCGGGGCGCUGGCGUUGCAGCGGGGUGGGGAGGUAGCGUCACGGACGGCGAGGGAGAGGGUGCUGCAGCCUUUGGGAUUAAGAUAG